UCACUCCAUAUUUAUGGUCAAGGGUGUUUCGAAUGCCGACUUAUGGACCAUGUCUCAAAAAGAUAAAGAGCCGUUGAGGGAAUUCAUUGAGCGAUUCAAGAAAGUCGUUUCCAGCAUUACCAUAACUGAUGACGCCGCGAUCGCCGCUCUACGUAAUGCAUGUUCGUAUGAGUCUAGAUUCAGAGAAGAUCUCGUGAUUACUCAACCAGCAACAUUGGAGGAUGCUCUGCAUCAUGCUAAUCGAUUCAUCGAAAUCGAGGAAGAGAAGGCCGCGAUGGCAAAACGACAGCCCAAAGCAUCAAGUUCGAAAGAUAAGUCCAAUGACGAGCACUAUGAACCUCGCCAACACUACGACAAGGAUUAUGCUAAAAGUGACAAAGCUAAGAAAGCAGCGACGUAUGCCAUUGAUGGUUCAGACUCACAACCUUCGAAACCAUGGAACAAAUAUUAUCGUGAAACAGAUCCAAAACGCAAUCAAGCGUACUGCGAGUUCCAUAAAGUCUCUGGUCACUCGACCGAUGAAUGCCGAUAACUCCAACUAUUACUUCUCUUAAAAUGCAAAAAAGGCGACCUCGAUGUCGAAUAUGAACGAUGCCAAGUAGCCGCUCACAAGGAUAAUUUAUACCACCCAGUUCAAAAGGAUGACCAUAACAGAUGCAAUGACCGGCAGC